GGUUUAGGGUUUUUAACGCAGCGAUGGCGAAUCUCUUCCAGGGUCCGGGACUGCCGUGGUGCAUUGGCACGGGGUUUGGAGCACCAAUGCGAACCGGGACCGAUCUGGGGCCAUUGCUAUUUGAUUCCGUGGGAGAGCCUCAAACAUUGCUGGCAACGGGGUGUAGAUUGCACCUCUUUGAUCAUCCGAUUCCUCCCCUUGAGAUGCAAUCACGUUACGCGGAGGAGGACGCAUCGAUCGGCUAUGCUCCCGAUUCUCUUCUCGACGGGCUCGUUCAGGAGGACACGGCUGCGAAGGUUGCUAUGAUCCACGACAGUAACAGCGUUUUUGGAAACAGACUGGAGUGUAUGCAAUGUCAAGAUGGAAAGCUCCAGCUUGCAUUUCCCAUUGGGGAGGAUUUCAGCAGUAUAGGAAGCAUACUUUGCGAGCGUGAUCCCGCUGGUCGCUUGUGUCCUCUGAAAAAGCAAGACGACGAGCCGGAUGUCGAGUUGUUCGGUGGCGUGAGGAUGUCCGUCUCACCAACGUUGGGUCAUCCCAUCCGCCAGUUAUCAGCGAUGAAGAUUUCGAAUUCAAGCAAAGACGAGAGCAUACUUGUCGCUAGGACUCAGCAUCAAGUACAUGUUACGAACAUUCAAAGAGAAGAAGACCGCAUAUGCUUUGGUUCACCCUCAGCGACGACUUACUUCCACGGCGUAUCUCAUGUGGUCUGUAGUCCUUAUAUCGAGGGAGAACUUGCAACUGUCCUAGAGUCUGGGGAGGUUUACGUUUAUGAUGUCCACUCCACCAAAAAGUCUACAAACAAUCUACGAGCGAACUUUUUAGUGCACGCGACAAUGGUCGAGGCUGCAACAGCCGACAGAACUGGCGCUGCUAAGGUUCCAAAGGCUGUACUUGCUGAGAUUCGGAAUCUCAGAAGGAGCUGGUGGCGAGUCGAGUAUGGCUGGCAUCCGAAGCUGCUUGUCAUAGCGAACGCUGAGGAAAUCGUUUUAUCCGACUUAAGACAUGGCAAUUCGACUACUCUACUUGCUACCGUUGGAAACAGCAAAGAUUACUGCCGUCCGGGGCGCUGCGAGCAGGAUCGCUUCGUAGCUAUAGUGCGACCUGAGGAACGUGGUUAUCAUUUUGCUGCUGCGACUAUGGAACGUAUCAUGCUCUUCGACAUUCGAAGGCCGAGAUUGCCACUACUUAAGUGGGAACACUCGAUGCAGGACGAUUAUCCCGGAUAUUUGUCUAUGCAUCCUUUGUCAUGGCUCCGGCCUGAGAGAAAUAAUGAUGCAGGACGAGUAAUUCUGGCUGCGAGCUUUCGGUCUGGUGAUGUUCGAGCAUUCUGCUAUGGUCCUCAAGCGCUAUCUACUGAAGUCGUGUCAGGAGCAAUUCCCAGAUUUCGUGAGAUAGAGGAGGCGUACUGUGCGUGGGAUCUUCCUUCAAAGAUGUUUACUUCUUGUCCUCGGAAAGUAUCCAUGGUAGCACUUUACGAUUCUCUUUCCACUGGAAUGGGGGACAGCUGUAUUGAAAGCCUGUCUGGAGUUGUGGUUCUGCCUGGGGCAAAGACUGGUUUCAGCUUGCUGCAACUUACGGGUGCAGGUGACAUUCUUAGUCAACCUUAUAUCGCAUCCAAGACCUUGAAGAGAGAAAAGAACACUCAGUUGUGCGAGUAUCCCGAACACUUAAUAGCUAAGAACGAGAAGACGCUUGUUAUGAAGAAUCUCCCUUUCCCAGCUAUGCUCAACUACGUCAAAGACGGACUGGUUUGCCUGGGGUCGUCUCAUCAAGGCAAACGGUUGAAGGCAACAAUGAUGGACCCUGUGGAACAAUACCAGGAUCGCAUAUACAGGGUUUUGGCGGAUGUUGAAGUCCCUCUCUCCACCCAUGAGAUAGCGUUUAAAGUGCUGCUCUUGGGUCUAGCUGACGAUCUAGCACUACACGCAGCAAGGAUGCCGUCAAACGUUAGUGGAUAUAUUGAUGUUACCGAGAAAACGCCAUAUCUGCUACCACCAAAGAAAUAUUUCGAAAGGAAGAAAACGUCAGUUCCAGUUCCUUUACCGGUGCUUCUGGAAUUUGACGCUAAGGAAGGCAACAGAAAAACAACAAAAGAGAGCUUCCAACAGGCCCAGGACGCGGUUGAAGCAGUAACUUUAAAAUUAAAAAAGAAACAAGAAGAACCAGUUAUCUCCGCUGACAGCCACUUGUCCCUCAAAAAGUUAUUAUUCCACUCAAAACACCCAGAUUCUGGAGCAUCAUCGUCAUCGAGCAUUCGCAAUAUGAAAUUUCAGAAUUAUGUUGGAACACAACAACUUGUCGGAGGAGAAGAUGGGUCGUCGAAAAUUUUCCAGCGACUCAAACCAGAUGAGUUUGAACUGUCAACGUUUGGAGCCUUAGAGCGCUUGCAAAAGGACUUCGAGAAAUGGCAGCAAAACUAUGCUCCAUACGCAAACUACAUUAAGGGAAAACGCCUGUAAGGCAUCCUGGCAUCAACUAGACUCUGCCUGGCAGCCGUUCGCAAAUUUUCUUCCAGGACCUAUGUAGAUCACGCUAGCGUAACUAUUAGGGAGCCCAAAUUUUGUAGUAGAGGAUACAUAGCACUCGAAGGUAAUGCAGUGUAUAGUAACGUAUUUUGGGUUA